UUCAAGAAGAAAGAAGAACUCAGCGACAGCACAGAUAUAUAUAUAUAUAUAUCUACGAAAUGAAUUCUUACUAUUCUUCUUUCAAUUCAUCCGAUUUCUUUUCAAUCAACCAAUACCAUCCCUUCACCGGAAACCACCCUAUAACUUCGACUCCGGGUCCUCUCAGACCCAACUACAAGUUUGAAGUAAGCGGGAACAGUGUGCAUAAGGAAGAAGUUUAUUACCGUGGUGUGAGGAAGCGUCCUUGGGGAAAGUACGCAGCGGAGAUCCGGGACUCCACAAGGAACGGAGCAAGGGUCUGGCUCGGGACCUUCAACACGGGCGAGGAGGCUGCCCUGGCUUAUGAUCAGGCUGCAUUUGCAGUGAGGGGGUCGGCGGCGGUGCUCAACUUCCCGGCGGAGGUGGUGCAAAGGUCGCUGGUGGCUGAGGACAUGAGGAGUGUCGGGAUCGAAGGAGGGACAUGGGAAGGGCAUUCACCGGUUCUUGCGUUGAAGAAGAAGCACUACAUGAAGAGGAAAGCGGAGAGCCGGAAGAGGAGGGAGAGCGAGUCGAGGUUGAAGGCGGCAAAGGUAAAGAAAAAUGUGGUGGUCUUGGAGGACUUGGGAGCGGCUUUCCUGGAGGAGAUCCUUCGUAUAUCGGAGAACCCGAAUCCCUGGUGAAACGUAAAAUACAUCAGCACUCGCCUCCCCUGAGAACUCGCCAAUUCUUGCGGACUCAACUUCAACCAAAAUGGCCGGCAUUGGCAUAAAUGUCAUUUCAUUGAUCUAUAUUCAGUUGUGUCUUGGACUCUAUUUUACGACAAAAAGAAAGAUCACUAUACGAAUAAUCCACUUGAGUAAAAUCAAAUCCAUGCUUAAAAAUUGUCGAGGCAGAAUAAGCAACAAACUGUUCGUGGUAAAUUAUUAGAUAUUUUCGACAUUUCACACAAUCAUGUCGUGACUAAUUCACGGGUUUAAUCACGAUGCAUGCACUAAAUAGUACCAUUUUCUGGUUAUUUGGUGCACAUC